AUGUCAGUGAAUCCGGUCAACUUGGAGGCGUACUGCUCCGUGAGUGAUGAGGUUGCCAGACAGGUCAAAAGGUACCUUUUAGGAGAUUUCGAGACUGAAUGUAAGCUCUAACGUUCUUGAGACAUACUCUAAAAGUUGAUUUUCAGCAAAAUUCGAACGAAGGAACUCGGACAGUUCGAACGGAAGCGAGAAACAGUUCUGCAAGACGACAGAGGAGAAGAGGAACGUGGAAGAAUGGGACGACUGGGGAGAUAAAGAAGUGAGACUGAGUGAAUGUUCCCACCUGUUCAUUCAGCUCUUUCAGGCAGAGAGCACAUUGGAAGCCGACGAGUCAGUACGGAACUGGCUGUUCAGGUGCGAUCUGAAGACGUACGCGGACGCCGAGUAUCUUCUUGUCACGUGGGAAUCCAGAUUCAUUGUGCUUCGCAAACCUCCAGAUGGUUCGAGUGCGUUUUCUCUGUUCCUUGCUAAUACGGAGUUUCCAGAAUCGCAAUAUAAAGUAGUGUGCAAGCAAUACAUAGACAGUGACCCCGUGAGCAGCGAGAUCACUUCUUCCUGUCUUUUCGGACUCUCGAAUGUGCGCCACGACGAACUGCUCGAUUCGAUUAUCGUUGCUCUCGGAACUCUUGACGGCCACGUUUACUUCUUCACGGAGCAAGGGAUAAUGCUCUAUUAUGACCGGUUUUCUCUUUACGAACCCGUGAAUUCUGUGCAAUUCGAAGUAGUCAGGGUAAGUUGAUUUGAUUAAAAACGAAUGAAGUCUUCUGUGUUCAGACAGGCCAGACCUUCUUGGUUGUGCUCACAAAAGGAUUCUUCAUGGUCAACCCGAUAUCUCUGAAAUCUGUACUCUAUCAAGCGAAAGUUCUGAUUGCUAAAGGAGAGAAAACCGUGAAGGAAAUAUCAGAAUCCAUCGAACUGCAAUCCGAACUUCUCGCUCCUGACAUCAAGGGAAAUAUCAUCCACGUGGUGUUCACAGGCCUUCACAAACCGUCCACGUUCGAGCAGUACGUCUCCGCCUCUUACGAUUCUUUCUAUGCAAAAGUGGAGAAGCCUUCUCUGCCCCUCUACUCCACGUUUAUGGUCACAACUGAAAAGGAGUUCGCAGUGUUCGUAUGGCACGAUCGGGAAGAGCAAGAUAGACUGUUGGCGGAUGUGAUCAAAUACGGCAAGUCGUUGGUGCCCUCUUUCGGAAUUCGCAAGUUCUUCGGAAUAUCCACGGAUCCAGGAAGAGUGGCGGGUCAUAUGAAGUCGGCGGUGCACGUUCCCACACGGAGCAUGAUCAUGGACACUCGGAUUGCACAGACAGUAUCUCGAUCGCCCGACGGCCAGUACGUGGCGGUGACGGAUCGGAUGGCACGAGUCCUCGUCAUCGAUGUUAGUCUUUUCCCUGUAAAGUUUCUAUAUUUGAGUAGUUUUCUUCAGGUUCUCAGUCGGCAAGUGGUACUCAUUCACAAAGGAUACCGAGAUGCCACAGUAUCGUGGAUUUCGGCGCCAGAGGGAGAGAAAGUUGCGCAGUUUCUGGCAAUCUUUGCUCCGAGACGGUCCCUGCUGGAAGUGUGGACAGUCCUCGGAAACGUCAGAGUGUGCGCCCAGCAUGUGCCGUCCUCUGAAUGCAACAUUGUCUUUGGCGGCGAAAAUAAAAUGUUAUGCGGGCGAUGCCACACCCACACGGCCAAUAACACCUUAUUUCUCGAUGAAAAAGGAGAAUUCCAUCGUCUCGUCAUCCCGUUCCAUCUUGCGUUGACCAGCAGAUCUCGAGAAGAUCAGCACGAUCACCUUCUUCUCAAACAGUUAGAGUCAUCGGAGACAGGCUCGGAGGACUGGUUUCAAACGUUCGCCCUUCUCAAAAUGGCGACGUCACGGAAAACGACGUUCCAGAAUGCACUUCACAAUCUCUCGACCGCAGAAGAGGCUCACCAGUUCAUCGCGAGAGUUCGAAGUGUUCCAACUGCAGCUUCCUUGGGCGAUCUGCCAAGUGUUGCCGAGAAAUCAGUGGGAUUCUACGCCAGAAUCAUUGGAGAAGGGAAACCGGCAAUCGGAGAGUACGCAAAGAAGUCAAACUUUGAAAUGGAAGCAAUUGUGAAAAGGAUACUGGAGUGUCACAUGGAAAAGUACGGAAACAGGACGGAGCUGGCGGACGAGGUGCUGAAAGUUGGAGAUUGGAUCAAGCAAAUUGACUUGACGAAAGAGAGCAUCGACGUGUUUUCCGAGUGAGCUUAAGAAGUUGAUGCUUGGACUGGGGAUGUAAUAUUACAGACAUUGGUCGGACGAGCACAGAAUCCAGCUGGCCAAUCUCAUCUUCUCUCCACUGUUCGGCUCAUUCGAAGUUGACGAGUUCUAUGAUACGGUUUUGGAGAAACUUCCAGUCAACCAGAUCAAUAUCGUUAAACUGUUUCUUCUCAAAUUGGAGAAGACUUCGAUUCGCCUUGAAUGGAGAACUUUUGAUAGAAUUGUUGAUCUUCUGGUUAAUUUGGAAAAAGCCGAAACGGGAGUUCUGGAGAUGGUCGACAAGGCAGCGAUGGAUUCGAAAAAUGUGACGUUCGGGAUGAUUCUGCUGGCGGUUUGUUGGUGUGGAAGGAAAGCGAUGAAGAAAAGAACGGUUGAAGUUAGAGAAGCAGAUGGGAAAAGGGAAGAGGAAGAAGGAAGCGAGCGAGAAAUAAAAGUAGACGAUGAGAAGGUUGUGGAUCUGGAAGAGGAAGACCUGGCGAAUACGACAAUCGAGGAUUGGGACGCCGUCGCCCCGGAAGCCGAGCACCUCGACAGCAUAAUGAUGUGUCUGCACUGUGUGGCUCUCGCAAAGACCCUCACGGAAGCCGACGAACACUCUCCUCGUGUGGCCGACGUGGCACUCCGAAUAGAUUCGUACAUCAGAGAGAACGUCGCCGAGUGGACCGUCAGUGAUUCGGUUGGCACGGAUGCCAUCGAACGGCUGUUCCCACGUGACCCGGCAGAAACAUUGGCGGAAGAAGGCGACGAAGAAGAUCGGAGGAAUCAGAUGAUCAUUGAUUUCCCCGAAGAGCCGGAGACGACAGUGGCAAGGAUGUACCAGAUGAUACCGAGAGUGUUCGAGCACGAUCUGGUUGUGGCCGGUUAG